CCUGGAGCUCGCCGAGGGCGCGGGGGAAGCGCCCCGGCCCCUUUAAGGUGCGGCGCUCGGCGAAGUGCGGGCAGGCGGCCCGCGAGCCGGCGCGGGGCCAGGAGCCGGGUAGGGAAGUCCUGCCUCCCCCUCCGCCCGCACCGGGCCUCGCGGGGCCCGCACCCUCCGCCCACCGCACCGCGAGGGCCAUGCGGCGCCUCUGAACCAUGUCGUCCUCCUACGCCAAGAACGGGGCGGCGGACGGACCGCACUCCCCCAGCUCGCAGGUGGCCCGAGGCACCACGACCCGGAGGAGCAGGUUGAAAAGAUCCGAUGGCAGCACUACUUCCACCAGCUUCAUUCUCAGACAGGGUUCAGCAGAUUCCUAUACAAGCAGGCCGUCGGAUUCCGAUGUCUCUUUGGAAGAGGACCGGGAAGCGAUUCGGCAAGAGAGAGAACAGCAAGCAGCUAUCCAGCUUGAGAGAGCGAAGUCCAAACCUGUAGCGUUUGCAGUGAAAACGAACGUGAGCUACUGCGGCGCCCUGGAUGAGGAUGUGCCCGUUCCCAGCACAGCCAUCUCCUUUGACGCCAAGGACUUUCUUCACAUCAAAGAGAAAUAUAACAACGAUUGGUGGAUAGGAAGGCUGGUCAAAGAGGGCUGCGAGAUUGGCUUCAUCCCAAGUCCGCUGCGGCUGGAGAACAUACGCAUUCAGCAAGAGCAGAAAAGGGGCCGAUUUCAUGGCGGGAAAUCGAGUGGAAACUCUUCCUCCAGUCUCGGAGAAAUGGUGUCAGGGACGUUUCGAGCGACCCCCACAACAACAGCAAAACAGAAGCAGAAAGUGACGGAGCACAUCCCUCCCUACGAUGUUGUGCCAUCAAUGCGCCCAGUGGUGUUAGUGGGGCCAUCCCUGAAAGGUUAUGAGGUAACAGACAUGAUGCAGAAAGCCCUCUUUGAUUUCCUGAAGCACAGGUUUGAUGGGAGGAUAUCAAUAACAAGAGUGACAGCUGACAUUUCUCUUGCUAAGAGGUCUGUCCUCAACAAUCCCAGCAAGAGAGCAAUCAUUGAACGCUCCAACACCAGAUCCAGCUUAGCGGAAGUACAGAGUGAAAUUGAGAGAAUUUUUGAAUUGGCGAGAUCUUUGCAACUGGUUGUUCUUGAUGCAGACACCAUCAACCACCCAGCACAGCUUAUCAAGACAUCCUUAGCCCCCAUCAUUGUUCACGUGAAAGUCUCCUCUCCGAAGGUUUUACAGCGGCUGAUUAAGUCCAGAGGAAAGUCUCAGAGCAAACACUUGAAUGUUCAACUGGUGGCAGCCGAUAAACUGGCCCAGUGCCCGCCUGAAAUGUUUGAUGUUAUAUUAGAUGAGAAUCAGCUGGAGGAUGCGUGUGAGCAUCUGGGCGAGUACUUGGAGGCAUACUGGCGUGCCACCCACACAAGCAGUAGCACCCCCAUGACCCCAUUGCUGGGGAGGAAUGUGGGCUCCACAGCCCUUUCACCAUAUCCCACAGCAAUCUCUGGAUUACAGAGUCAGCGAAUGAGGCACAGCAACCAUUCUACGGAGAAUUCUCCCAUCGAGAGACGAAGCCUAAUGACCUCUGAUGAAAAUUACCACAACGAGAGGGCUCGUAAGAGUAGGAACCGCUUGUCCUCCAGCUCCCAGCACAGCCGAGACCACUACCCUCUGGUGGAAGAAGAUUACCCCGACACGUACCAGGACCCUUACAAGCCCCAUAGGAACCGGGGCUCACCUGGGGGAUACAGCCAUGACUCCCGACAAAGGCUUUGAGGCUGCCGGAACAAACAAACAAAACUACUCAUCUGUUGACAAUUUGCCAUAGCACUGCUAGGAGAAAUCAAUCAUCUUAAUUUGGCAAGCACAGCACAGCAUCUGCUGUGCGGUGGGCUGCGGUCAUUUGAUCUAAGGGGCAAGAGUUAAAUAGAAAUACUUUAUGCCCUUGAGUCUAGAUGGGUAUUCGAUGCCCAGUCAUAUAGGUAUUUUUAAGUACUACAUUUACAUGAUAACAGUACCUUUUGUUUUCUUCAUAGACUUUAGACACAUCAAUUUGUAAUUUAGGGUACUUAUCAAGGCACAUAUAAAAUAAUUUCCCGUGUAGGAAAUUCCAAAUGACCAGUUCCAGUUGGAACCAAUUUAUAAACCAAUUCCUGUUGGAAUUUGGGAGAAUUGACUGGAAAGUCUACUUGAGCAUGUUGAAAUCAAUUGAAAAAUCAGAAAAAAAAGUAACCCAAUAAGAAAAUCAAAAUACUAGUAGAAACCCAAAACCAGCUGUGGUAUUUAUUUGCUGAAAGCUAAAUUUCUACUUCAAGUUGGAAGGUGUAAACAUUUUAAUAAUAUGUUAAUGUUGCCAGAAUGGCUUUUCAACCUCACCAAGUGUAUUGAUAGUGCCAAAAAAAAAAAAAAAAUCUCAGAAAUCUUAAUGCAGAAAUUACAUAAUCGCCUCAGAUUCUAAUAUUUUUAUUUUUCCUGAUACAGCUGUUGUAUUCCAAGUUAUUUUGCUUUCUGUCCAGUCAGUACUGUUAGCCAGUUCGAAGCUGACAAAAUAAGGGGGAAAGGAGUUUAUUGGCAAUGAGAAUAAGAAAGAGAAACCCAGGCGUGGCUAGUUAUAGGACAUGGGAAAUGAGGUGCUGUUUCUUCGGUAGUCAGUCUGCGUACAACUACACACAUCUGGAGAUCUGAAGUCAGAUAGCAGAGAUGUGGCCAGGCCUUCCUGGGACAAAGGCAGUCGGCUCCAGAUGGGAAGUCAUCCGUGCCACCACACUCGACCCUGGCACAGGGGUUCUGCCAGCAUAGCUCAGUGUCCUUCCCUGACUACACUCAGUCUCCGUCUUUGACUAUAAAUAAUGUUUUAGCAAUACACCACAGUUUUUAAAUCAAACUAACAACCUUUUUUGUUUGUUUGUUUUUCAUGGACAUAAUCAAAUUUGGUACUGAAAGUUACGUUUUCGCAAGAAAAACUAAUUGGGAAAAGUUAAAACACUGAAUUAAAAUCUUGCAGGAAAAAAAAAAACCUGACAGACUCAGAAUAUAUUUGUUCACUAAAAGUAAGGCACUUUUAACAUGGGGCCUUAGAGAAUUUGGGGACUGCUGUGUUUCAUUGCUAGUGAACAGCCUUUACAUUUCCAAUGAGUGUAUGUUUGGAAUUGGUGACCCAUAUCCUAAAGAUUAAAGAAGACUUUAAUCCAAGAAAUUUAGAAUUGACUCUUUUAUACAAGAAACAAAUGUCUUUAUGAAAGGACUUGUUUCUAAAAUGACACAACGCAUGUGUUUUCUAAAACCCUAACUGAAGCUAGACAUAAAGGUCUCUUUCUACUAACAAAUGCCUUGAAGUCAAUGUUUUGAAAACAAGUACAAUUAACUUUAUAUUGUUAUUUUCCUCCAAAAUUUCAAGACCUGGGCCCUCAAAGCCAUGUAUCAGUUCAUUAAUUUUCCUGAUUGAGAGAAAACGUUUCCUAUUCUUGACCAGUUAUUCAUAUCUCUAGUCCCACCGACCUCAUGUGCCCUCCCCUCAUCUUGACUGUAUGUGCACCCCGUCAUGUACCCUGCUCACCUGAUAAUGAGGCUGCCUGAGAUCUUGUAAGUAAUCUCACACAUUUGAUACAUUUGAACAUGGCCUCAGUCAAAUGGACAAGCUGACAUCUGAUCCCAGCUUGUCAUCUCUCUCGUCAUCUAGCGAGGCUCACAGAAUUUUCUGUUAAGACAUUUAAGAGAGCUGUAUUCAUUGGGCUCUUUAUUAAGCAUAUAAUCUUCCAUUACUGAAUACUUUGUUAGAGCACAGAAGAGCAAUCUCCAGCAAACAAACUCUAUUUAUUACAUGUAUAGCACAUAUUUGCAUGAGAAAGAAAACAUUAGCCAAACAUUUUCCUGUAUGCUUUACUGGUUUCUUGUUUGUGCGCAUAAAAGCAUUCAAUUGCAGAGAGUACACUUGGGUGUAUAAAUUUAGAAUAGACUGCUGUUCAGCUUUUUCUGCAGUAGCAUUAGUAAUUUGGUCAUUUAACUACUUUAAGAUAUUUAUAUUUUAUGGCAGGUAGCUGUAACAGCAUUUACAUAUACUUCCUAGUCAACAAAGGUACCAUUUCUUUCAACUUUGAAGAUUCACUUAUUUUUCAAACCUCUCCAGCUUUUCUUUUCCCCCUUUUUGCUCUUCCAUGUCAUGCUGAAAGAGGGAGGCCCAUUUAAUCUGUACACAAAACUCAUCAUCAUUAGCCAUCAAAAGUUCGUACCUAGUUUGCUUUGCAGUCCUGUCCAAAAGCUAAUAAAAUUGAAAAGGGUAAAAUGUAUAUUUUUGAUGGAUGUAUAUACUAUUUCAUUUUAAUUUGGCAUAUCUUUCAUCUUCCUCCUCUAAGUUUCUCUCCUCCAAAAGAAGAAGAGAUAUGACUCUUACUUUCCUUUUAAAUGCUCAGAGUUGCUUGUGUAAAUGACAGAAAUCCAAAUAUAUAUGAAAUAAAAGUUUUACUUUUGUGCAAUAUACCAAGAACCUUUAAGAAAUUCCACAGUUACUUUGUUUUAAUUCAUUUCACUCAAAAUGGCAAAUUAUGACAAGCAAGAGAACUAUUUCUACAUCAUUGGAGGCUGUUUUCACUUACAGAAUAAAUCAUGGUAGAAUUCUGUGGUUCUUUAUGAUCAGUAACAAUGCAGUCUCGUCCAGCUAUGAGGAACUGUAGUCCUGGGAAAGGAAGAAAUGCAGUUUGUGGGUCCUUGUGCUUAUUCCCAAGGCUAUAAUGUUACGCCACCAUCAUAGUCAACACUGGUACCUUGUUUAUGCUAACACUUAAAACAAAGCCUAGUGGUGUUUACGAUUUGCUCUCAUCUCUAUAUAACUCUGAUGGGGAGAUUUGGAUUGCUAGUGAUUAGAGGCAUGGUUGUCCUAAAAAGACUCUGAAUUGUGUGACUAUUCAAAUCAUUGCAUUUCAUCCUUAUGAAAUGAGUUUUAAAGUCUGAAACAAAUUGAGACAACAAUUAGUUCUACUUGUUAUUCUAAAUAGUGUGUUAUUUACUCCAAUUUAUUAUUGUUGUUUGCAGAAAUGUAUUUUUGGAAUGUUAACCUCUUCAUACCUGCAUACUUGAACUUGUCUUUUGUGUGGGGGCCUUAAAUUUCAUAAUAGAAGAAUGGGGGAAGCAAAAGGGGAAUGAAGACAAGGAGACUGUGGCUAAAGAAGCUCUCCAUCUUCAGCUCUUUAAAUGAACAAGAUAUGGAGACAGUAUGUCUCCAAGAUACGGAGACAGCAUGUCAGUUAAGAAUGUUCUAGGCAACCUUAAUUUGCAAGCUAGUAUAUUUUCUUAUAUAAUUUUAUUUUGCUAUUUGCUAAAAACAGAAGAACACAAUACCAACAUACAAACUGCCCUAUCUCUCUGAUGAUAUGUGCACUACCUCUUCUCUAGAGAAAACAGUCUGUCUGUAAAGGGAAACGUCCUGGUUGUAGAGCGCUUGUUCUGACAACUUUGCCGCAGUUGGUGGUUAAAGGUGUUGAGAUACAGCUGCCCUUUAGAUUUUACAUGGUUCUCAAGUGCUUUCACCAUGAUUUCAUUUCCAUGUCAGUAAGAUUUUCUUGGCAUUGAUUUAUGACUUAUCAUGACAUGAGUUUAAGAAGAAGCCAUCCUAGGAAAGAAAGCAAACUGAAAGGAACUACCUCUGUGUGCAAAGGGUGGCUGAUAGGUCUGAGGAAGAGAACUCCAGAGACCUGCUGUUUUAAAGGCAGAGCUGGUUGAUCCUCGCCUUGUGUGGGCACGGAGGGUGUGUUGUAGCCACUUACUGGGUGUGGAUCUGCACUGUCUAGAACUCUCAUGUAAUUGGAACAAACGUCUUAUCAAUGUUUCAAAUAAAUGCUCCUGUAGCCCUUAUUCCUUUA